AUGGUAAUAGAAGAUCAUGGUCUCGUGAAACCAUAUGUGAUAAUGCAUGCAGGGGCUGAAUCUAGUUGGGAAAUAUUUGAUAAGGAUUUUAAAAACUUUCGGAGCCUUCCCACGAUUCCUUCGUCUGACUAUUGCUUUUUCCACAGCGAUAAGGAAACAAUUAGUGUUGGUACUCAACUAAUUGUCAUAGGGAGGGAGAUAGAGGGGAUUGUGGUGUUUCGAUAUGAGCUAGAGAAUAAUAAGUGGUUCAGAGGUCCUUCAAUGAUCACACCGAGGGUCAUGUACGGCUCUGCUAGCGAUGGAAAAACUGUAUUUUUUGCAGGAGGCAUUCAAAUGGAUGAUAACGGGAACCCAAUUGUUGUGCGAACUGUUGAAAAAUAUAAUGCUGAUACAAAAAUGUGGACUAUGAUUUACGGAAUGCAUAAAUCAAGGAAAUUCAGCUCAGGAUGUUUCUUGCGUGGAAAAUUUUACGUCCUCAGUGGUCGAAAUGAGAAUGAUAAACACCUCACUUGUGGAGAAAGAUAUGAUGAGGCGACAAAUUCUUGGGAAUUGAUACCUGGCAUGCUCAAAGAUAUAAAUUUCAUAACGUCUUCUCAAGCUCCACCCCUUAUAGCUGUGGUUGAUGACAAUCUAUACUUGUUGGAAAUAUCUUUGAACGAGCUUCGUAUAUAUGAUAUAAACACAAACGUUUGGAAGAAACUUGGUUCUGUCCCUGUGAGUGCAAACGCUGUCUUUGGUUGGGGAGUUACAUUUAAAUCGAUGGGAGAUAGACUUCUAGUGGUUGGAACUUCUCACUCUUGGUCUAGGACAACAGUGUUUUACUCAUGCCAACGUUCUCCAUACGUGGAAGAGCAGCAUUGGGAAGAACUUAAAUAUUGGUGUGAUGACACUGAGCUUCCACGGUUUAUCCAUAAUUGUUGUGUGAUGUUUGCUUAA